AUUGAGAUAAGGGCGGAGUAAUCGAGUAUCGCGUAAAAGAAGAAAUCUCCCGUCUCGUUCUCGUUCUCCUCCGCUCCUUGCGCCGCCGCCAAGACGAGCGGAGGGCCGGGCGGCGAUCUCCAUCUGGCAAGCAGAGCAGCGGAGGGGAGGAGGGGAUCCUGGGAAGGAUAUUAGUGAUUUUCUACUGCUGUUUCGUCAGAAGGACAAGAACUGAAGAAUUCAGUUAGCAACAGUAUGGUGUUGCCUUCAUCAAAUACCAGGGCCACUUCUUCCAUGGCUUACCCUGUUUCCCUGAGCAGCCUCCACCACCACCCCAACAACCACCAUGCUUUUUUUCUUCCCUCGAAAACAAACCAUGAUAAUACUCAUAAACCUAUUGAAUCCUCUAGAAUUUCUAGACGGUCUCUCAUCUUCCUCCCUGUCCUCCCUUCUCUUCUAUACGCUUCAUCAUCCCCUGCCUUAGAUGACGCAAACAUUCCAUCCACCUCUGCCAUUGAUACCACCAUCACAGAUCGGAUCUUCAUGGACUUCAGUGUCUGCCCUAGCUACUUUCGCUCUGACCGCACUUUAGGAGCUGAGCUUGCUACAUGUCCUGAUUCUGAACCUCUUGGUCGUGUAAUUUUUGGUUUGUAUGGUCGACUCCUCCCCCUCACUACUGCCAACUUCAAAGCUGCUUGCACUUCUGCUGCAUACCGGGGAACACUUGUCCACAAGCUCCUUCAGGGCCAGUUCUUCGUUGCUGGCCGCCAAGGUCCUCGGCGUGACAGGGGCGAGGUCCAACCUCCCACCGGACUUGUGAGGAAUGCUGAGACUAUUGACCCUAAAGCAUUUGAACUAAAGCAUGCAAGGCCUGGCACCCUCUCAUUGUGCCUUGGACAGAACGAUGACGAUGAUGACAUCAAGCUCAAUCCUAAUUAUCACAAUGUUGAAUUCUUGGUUACCACUGGACCAGGGCCCUGCCCAGAGCUUGAUGGACAGAACAUUGUCUUUGGAACUGUAUUGGAAGGAAUGAAUGUUAUAACCAGCAUUGCAACUAUUCCUACCUAUAAACCAGCUGAAAGGAUCCGCUUCUUCAAUGAUUUUGCCCAGUUGAUUGGUGAUGAAAGAGCUCAAACUGCUCGAGCGUUGUGGGAUCGCCCGCUAAAAACUGUUUAUAUCAGUGAUUGCGGAGAGCUAAAAGUGACCAAACCAUCACUUUCCCCUCCAAGUCUGCCAUAAAAAACCACAGAGGCAAUUUUGUGUACCUACACUUAUUCUUCUCCCUCCAAUGUCAACUGUAUAUAUGCCAUCUAGUAUUAACUGACAUCUGCUGUGUUUCUGGCCCAAAAUGUGUACGACGGGUCUCUGAUUCAUCGAAGUAAAUAUAUUACAGUGCUGUGCAAAAUUCUUGACCUGUCAGCUUUCAUCUUGGAUAACCGUUGAGACUAUGAUGCUAAUGAUUAGCUUCUCA